AUGUUCUGCCCUGUUCCAGGUCCUGUCUUUGGCAGCAAGGACAACUUUCACGGACUGGCUAUCUUCCUUGAUACAUAUCCCAACGAUGAAGCGACGGAGCGCGUGUUCCCCUACAUCUCUGCGAUGGUGAACAACGGCUCCCUGACGUACGACCACAGUAAGGACGGGCGCUGGACGGAGCUGGCGGGGUGCACCGCCGACCUUCGGAACCAGAACCACGACACUUUCCUGGCGAUUCGGUACUCCCGAGGCCGCCUGACGGUGAUGACCGAUGUGGAAGACAAGAACGAGUGGAAGAACUGCAUUGACAUUGCAGGGGUGCAGCUGCCAACCGGCUACUUCUUCGGUGCUUCUGCUGGCACUGGAGAUCUGUCUGACAAUCACGACAUUAUCUCAAUGAAGCUAUUCCAGCUCAUGGUGGAGCACCCUCUAGAAGAUGAGACUGUUGACUGGACCAAGAUUGAGCCUAGCGUCAGCCUCCUUAAAUCACCCAAAGACAACGUGGAUGACCCAACGGGGAAUUUCCGAAGCGGGCCUCUGACGGGCUGGAAGGUGUUCCUGCUCCUGCUCUGCGCGCUGCUGGGCAUCAUCGUCUGCGCUGUGGUGGGAGCCGUGGUCUUCCAGAAACGCCAGGAGCGGAACAAGCGUUUCUACUAGCAGGAGGCCUGGGCCGUGGCCUGUGCCCAAACCCAUCUUUUCUAUGGGGAGCUGUAAAAACUGUGGUUUCUAAAGCUGUUUCUGAGAAAUAUCAGAAGUAUUUUC